GGUUUGGAAGACCCUCUUCGCUUGCGGAGAGCGCAGUCCACACGGAGGGUCCUGGCACUGGAGUUAAACAAAGACAGAGAUGUUGAAAGAAUCCAUGGCAGUGGAGUUAACACUCUUGACAUUGAGCCUGUUGAAGGAAGAUACUCUCAGGAGAUGAAGGCAAGACAAUCAAAGCUUCCAGGUCACCAGAUCAUGACACAUCCACACAAAUGGCUAACUGUGAGUCAAGUGGAAACAAACCCUGUUAAUUCCAAGAUCUGUGUGCUGUCAGCAUAAAGGGAGCUAUCAGAAAAUGAUGGGAUGUCUGAUCUAGCUGAUAACCCCAAAAUACCAGUGGGGUAUCUGAAAGCUUGGCAGCCUGGUCUGAUUACAGCAGUGACUCCAGAGUGCAUGGUAUACUCCAGUUACAGCAUGUUAUCGGGUGGUUCAGAUGGUGUGAUUGUACUCUAUGACCUUGAGAACUCCAGCAGACAACCCUAUUACACAUGUAAAGCAGUGUGUUCCGUUGGCAGAAGCCAUCCAGAUGUCCACAAAUACAGCGUGGAGACUGUUCAGUGGUACCCUCAUGACACAGGCAUGUUCACAUCCAGCUCAUUCGAUAAAACUCUGAAAGUGUGGGAUACAAAUACAUUGCAGGCUGCUGAUGUGUUUAAUUUUGAAGAAACAGUUUAUAGUCAUCACAUGUCUCCAGCAGCCACCAAGCACUGUCUGAUAGCAGUUGGUACUAGAGGACCCAAGGUACAACUUUGUGAUUUGAAGUCUGGAUCCUGUUCUCACAUUCUCCAGGGUCACAGACAAGAAAUACUGGCAGUUUCGUGGUCACCACGCCAUGACUAUAUCUUGGCAACAGCCAGUGCUGACAGUAGAGUGAAUUUAUGGGAUGUGAGAAGAGCAUCAGGAUGUUUGCUCACUCUUGAUCAGCAUAAUGGGAAGAAGUCACAGGCUGUGGAAUCAGCAAAUACUGCUCACAAUGGGAAAGUUAAUGGCCUAUGUUUUACAAGUGAUGGACUUCACCUGCUCACUGUUGGCACAGACAACCGAAUGAGGCUCUGGAAUAGCUCCAAUGGGGAGAACACACUGGUGAACUAUGGGAAAGUUUGUAAUGACAGUAGGAAAGGACUGAAAUUCACGGUCUCCUGUGGCUGCAGCUCAGAAUUUGUUUUUGUUCCAUAUGGUAGCACCAUUGCUGUUUAUGCAGUUCACUCAGGAGAACAACUAACUAUGCUUAAGGGACAUUAUAAAAGUGUCGACUGCUGUGUGUUUCAGUCUAAUUUCCAGGAACUUUACAGUGGUAGCAGGGACUGUAAUAUUCUUGCUUGGGUACCAUCUUUGUAUGAACCAAUUCCAGAUGAUGAUGAUGAAGCUACAACUAAAUCCCAGUUGAAUCCAGCAUUUGAGGAUGCCUGGAGCAGUAGUGAUGAGGAAGGGUGACUGCCAGCCCGCCUUUGCUCCUUGUCUAUUGGACUAAUACAUCAGCAGUGAUGUUGUUUUUGAGACAAAGUCUCACUGUGUAGCUCUGCCUAGCCUGGAGCCAGCCUGGAGCUCUCCGUCUAGACCAUUCUAGGCUCAAACUUGCAGCUGUUCUCCUGCCUCUGCUUCCCAAAGUAUUGGGAUUACAGGUGUGCCUCUCGUGUGUGGCUGUGUAUAUGUGUUUGUUUGAUUUUGUGUUUUAACUCAAGUAAGUUUCUGGUCCAUUAAUCCUGAAUUUGAAUGUUUUCCCCUGUUUUAAAAAUGAUGUUAAUGUGUAUAAAACCCUAAGAUAAACUUCUCUGUGGUUAAAUUAAUCAAAACCUCCUUGAGCCUAUUUACCAUGGUGGCAGGUUAGCUGCUAUGGACACAGUACAAGAACAGAAGUCAUUGUUCUCAGCCUGGCCUAUGUAGGUCUGAUAAGUGGAAUGUGUCUCAGCUCUGGCUCCCCUGGGUAUGCUACCAGCCUGCCCCUUUCCAUCUUUGUGGGGAGCAGGUGGAAGGGGUGGGGUUAACAAGGAUAAUUAGGAGGAAAACAAAACAAUUAUUGCAAAGGUAGCAUCCCAACUCUGUACUCUUUUUAUACAUAUUGAAGGCUUCGUGUAAUUGACUAUUUUCUAGCUUUAUGUUGAACAGUUUACAGCUAAAAUCUCCUACAGUCUGAACAGUGUAUCACAUGGGCAAUCCCCUGACCACUUGUUACUUUCAAAGGGCAGCUUGCAGUCCUCCUUUUCUUCCUGUGAAACUCAGCAAGAUCCAUUCUGGGGUCUAGAUUAAACAUGAAAUGUUGUAAUAAAAUUUCUGUUGUUCUCUCCUUU